AAUGUCAAAACAAGGAAGGGUCGGAAGUGGCAUCUGCUAUGGAAAAAAGGAAACGAAAAAAGAAUCUUCAGAUUUUGGAGUGAAACGAUUAAGACAGAAAGUCAUGACAAAACCAGAGAAAUAUAUGUUUCCCCUUGCUGCCCUUGCUUUGGUUGUAGCUGUUUGCGUGGUACCACUGACAGCUGACAUAUCUAACGUCACCUCUACUCGGCAUAUAGCCCACAGGAUGGAUGAGGCGAUUCUGACAGUCAACAAUGAGCUGGACACUGAGCUGGUGGUGUCCUGGAUGUCAGAGCGAUGCUAUCAGUGUUUGUACCAGCAGUUGGGUGUUGUCCCCGCAGGACCCACUCCUGGCCAGCCCAGUUCAGUAGACUUUGUUGUGGGCACACAGCAUGGAAUUACACUACAGCUCAACAGCACCAUCAUCAACCUGGAGCUCUGCACGGUUCCAUUCCACUUUGGGGAGCACGGGAACUACUCUCUCUGGGUGAAAAAUCUGAACGACUCCUCAGUGGUCAACUGCUCUCUGGUGACUGGUGCAGACCCUGUCAACAGCUACAUACCGAUCUUGGUAGCUUUUCUUAUCUUUGCUGGACUGGCCUUGGCGUCUGCCAUAGGAACAACAAUAUUAGGGCUUGAUGUCGUGAGGGGUUUCUUCUUCCGAAUAAGUGGCUCCAUGGAGACUGAGAGGCUCAUCAACUCUGAACUGGGUAGCCCUGACAGGACGGUAUCAUUGAUAGCUGACAACAUCCUCCCUCCACCAUCGAGCCCCAGCAAGAGGCUGCGAUCUCUGGACACAUUCAGAGGCAUCUCCUUAGUCAUUAUGGUGUUUGUAAACUAUGGAGGGGGACGAUACUGGUUCUUUAGACAUGAAAGCUGGAAUGGCCUCACAGUUGCAGAUCUAGUCUUUCCCUGGUUUGUGUUUAUAAUGGGGACGUCCAUCGCCCUGUCAACCCACUCCAUGCUCCGAGCAGGUUCCACGCGUUGCUCACUGCUGAGGAAAGUUGUGUGGAGGAGCAUGCAGCUUUUCAUCAUCGGUGUCUUCAUCAUCAACCCAAACUACUGCCACGGACCAUUAUCCUGGGACAACCUGCGGAUUCCUGGUGUGUUGCAGCGCCUGGCCUUUUCAUACUUAGUUGUGGCCUGCCUGGAUCUAUUGGUGGCAAGAGGUCGCCUUGACAUCCUUACAACGGAUGCUUGGUGGUCCCCUGGUCUUGACAUCUUGCUGUACUGGCCAGCCUGGCUGUGUGUACUUAUCUUAGAAAUCAUCUGGUUAUGCCUCACUUUCCUACUUCCUGUGCCAGAUUGCCCAACAGGCUAUCUGGGUCCAGGUGGGAUCGGGGACAUGGGCUUGUACGCUAACUGCACCGGUGGAGCUGCUAGUCUCAUUGACAGAUGGCUUCUUGGAGAAAGCCACAUCUACCAGACUCCCUCGUCACGGGUGAUUUAUGCAACUCAUAUGCCAUAUGACCCAGAAGGUGUUCUCGGUAGCAUCAACUCUAUUCUCAUGGCUUUCCUUGGAUUACAGGCAGGAAAAAUAAUCUUACACUACAGAGAUCUCCACACAAGUAUAAUUUCAAGGUUCCUUAUAUGGGGUCUAUUAUUGGGAGCCAUAUCUGCAGCUCUGACCAAAUGUUCUACUGACCAUGGCUUCAUCCCUGUUAACAAGAACCUAUGGUCUCUGUCCUAUGUCACAACGCUGGCCUGUUUUGCAAACGUGCUGCUAGUGCUGGUGUACUUCACAGUGGAUGUGAAGAAGUGGUGGUCUGGAGCACCUUUCUACUAUCCUGGUAUGAACUCCAUCCUUGUGUACGUGGGCCAUGAAGUGUUCGAGGAGUAUUUCCCCUUUCGUUGGCAGAUGUCCAACAGCCAAUCCCACACUGAGCACCUCACCCAGAACCUUGUGGCUACUUCCUGUUGGGUCUUUAUCGCUUACGUGCUCUACAGAAAGAAGAUUUUCUGGAAGAUUUAAUAGCUGACCCUCUGAAUGGGACGUACCAACAACGAUACCAGAGGACAUUGUUUACAUCAGUUGCUGGAGUUCAAAUCUGACGACAUUUGGAAAGCUGGAAACGGGAGAUUAUUUUAUCAAAACUAUGGUGAUUAUCUGUUCUCUGAACAUGUGUGGUAGCCUUGAAACAGCAAAUAUUUUUUCAGUUUUUGUAAUUACUUUUUUCAGCCAAUACUUUACACGACCAUACAUGUUUUAAAUAUUUUUUCCAAAGCUCUUCAGAUAUGAAGCAGAGCACCCCGACCAAAUACCUUAACUGACUCAGGAAGAACUCGUCAGAGAACAGUUCAUACAUUUCAGGAGUAUGUUAUUGUUAUUGGACUAUGUUAUAGAUGCUAGUUUCAAUUCCUCAUCCUAUACCACAGACUACAGCAGCAGAGUGUUAAAGUAGUGCUUUACUUGACUUCCUCUUGGGACAGUCCGUGCUGCCACAAAUACUGUUGCAUUAGUCAGAAAACUGAAGUGGAUUUUUGUGAGAGUGACGCAUUAAAUUAUGUACUAUCAAGAGAAUGCUGUAUAAACAAGGGGGGAAACUGUAGUUAAAGCUAUGUUUAAAUGGAAAGUUAAACAUCUGCAAUAUAUCUGUCCUUGGCUGUCUUCUCUCCAUUUGAAAUGCUGCGUGUUACCAAGUGUGGAGGGGAAGUGAAGGAGGGCAUGUCAGAUGACUUUUGAAAACCACCAGAGGUUGCUUGCUUUGCAUUUUGGUCAGUGCAGAAGCAUGCAUGUCCAUGAGAUAAUCUUUAUGAUCAAGUUGUCAAAUUUGCAGAAUUUAUCGUUUUUAUUUUUAUAAUUUUCUUUUUUGUGAUGAAAGUAUUGGCAGAAAUGAUUUGCCUUUCAUUUUUAUAUUUACUUUUUGUUAAGUUUGGGAUGAGUUUAAAGAAAGCAAUGAUACUGUAUGGUGCCCAUGUGUAAUUUUGCGAUUUAAAAAUACAUAUUUGAAGUAUUUUCUUACUAUAAAAAUGUGUUAUCAUUUGUCAUUUCUACAUUUGACAGUUAACAUAAAUAUGAAUUCAUUUGAAUAUAAGUUUAUAUA